AUGGCCGCCCUCGCGUUCAGGCUGCUCUUCGAGGCGCUCGUCCUCCUCGUGUUCUCUACCGUCUUUGCGAACGUCGUUCAGGUCUGGCUGCACGGACGCGCCAAGGUCCGCGCCCUUCGCGGCGUCAGCGGCCCGCCUUCCAACGGCUUCUUCUUUGGCAACUUGCGCCAGCUGCUGUUCAGUUUUGGAUGUGGGCCUGCGUAUAAUGCGGUGGCGGAGUACGGAGGGAUCGUGAAGGUGGAGGGGCUGUUCGGCGACUUCGCGCUGCUCAUCUCGGACCAUCGCGCGAUCGCGCAAAUCCUGCUCAAGGACUUUGACAACUUCCCUGUCACGGACAUGGGCGGGUCACUCGACCUCAACACAUAUUUCCUCGGCGCCGGCCUGCUCUCGCUCAAUGGCGCCCCGCACCGGUACCACCGCAAAGCGCUCAACCCGGGCUUCUCGCCGAAGCAUAUGCGCAGACUAGGGGAGCUGGUGCGGGAUAUAUGCUGUCAGAUCCGCGAUAUCCUCGUCGUCAAAGCGCGCAGGGGCGCUUGGGAGAGUGGCAGUAGGACUGCCGAGUUCGACGUUGGGGAGGUCAUGAACAGGGCGGGGGUGGAGAUCGUCUCGCAAGCGAGUUUCGGAUACUCGUUCCGUACGCUAGAGAAGGAAGACCCGGAGCAGACGGAGAUUGUGCGGGCGGUCAAAGAGAUGCUUCCCGUACUGGAGAUUCUGGGCCCAUGGGUGCCAAUGUUCAUGAUCACCGGUGCCACAAAACUACCCCAUCGGCUCAUACGUCUCCUAGGGAAGACGUUGGGUCUGGUGUGUCCUCCAGUCCGCAAGCUCAUGCGCGCUGUGGACGUCUUGCACGGGCAGGCUCGGGUGAUGUGGGAGAAGCGGAAGGCGGACUUUGCGGCUGGAGAGGACCCGGAUGAGAACUGCGAGCUUCUGAGCACGAUCCUUUGGCAAGGUUACUCGGAAGGCGGUCUGACAGACGAAGAAGUCUGCGCGCAGAUGUCCACUGUCCUUUUUGCUGGUUCAGACACAACGAGCACAACGCUCUCCCGUGCAUUGCACAUGCUCGCGCUGAAUCCCCACUGUCAAGACCGACUACGGGAAGAGCUCGAGCGGGCGGAAGUUGUACAGGAGCUACUGCACGGCGUGGCCGACGAACCGGUUUACAACGCCAUCGAUGCCCUUCCCUAUCUGGACGCCGUGUGCCGGGAGACAAUUCGCGAAUGCACGCCGUUGCCUUUUCGCAAUCGACGGGCACAACGGGAUUGCGUUGUCCCGCUGAAGGACGGCUCAAGCGUUCUGAUCCCCGGCGGGUCCGAAAUACUCAUUAACGUCCACGGAUGCAAUCGGGACGAAGACCUUUGGGGUCCUGAUGCUCAUCUUUGGAGGCCUGAACGGUGGCUUGAAGAGGAGAGCCUUGUGAGGGUUAAGGAGGCGGCAUUACCGGCGGUGUACAUGAACUCGAUGUCCUUUCUGGGCGGCCGCAAGGCGUGCAUUGGCUUCAAGUUCGCCCUCCUCGAGAUGAAAACGGUAUUGGCGACUGUGAUUCCUUCUGUCCGUUUCCUACCGCCGGAAAAGCAGGAGAUCGCAUGGCGAUUCGGGCCGGGUGUCACUGUGAGUACAACGGACAAGUUCGACGACCCUCUUCCGCGGAUGCCACUGCGCGUAGAAGCGCUAUAG